AUGAAAUUCUUCCAGGCCUCUGGUGUCGCUCUGGCGAGCACAACGCUCAUUUCUCCGGCCCUGGCGCACUCCUGGGUUGAGUAUGCCUACAAGCUCGCUCGAAAUGGCACAAUGUUUGGGAAUGUAGGAUAUCCUCGUGGAUAUGUGCCUCGCGAUUCUACAAAUCCUCCAUUCGCCGACACAAUUCCCCAGAAUAUUCUCCCCCAGUCAGGCCAGUCCGCUUACUCCGGCGAAGAAAUUCUCAACAAGUUCUCUUUUGAGAAGAAGCCUCAAUAUCCCAUGCUCGAGGCUGCCCCUGGCGAUUAUAUUGCUAUUAUGCAUCUCGAGAAUGGCCACACUACCCUUCCUCAGAACCAGCCCAACAAGCCCAAGAACCGCGGCACUAUCUAUUUCUAUGGCACCACACAGCCCAAAGAAAAGGAGAAGCUCUUCGACGUCCAUCUCCUCUGGAACAAGCAAGGCACAGGCGGUGACAAGCGCGGCAAGCUUCUCGCCACGCGCAACUACGACGAUGGCCAAUGUUAUCAGCCAAACUCUGGUGAACUCAGCACUGAGCGCUCUAGCGAACUCGCUCCUCAAGGCGCUCUCCACACCAAGGAGCUGGCCUGCCAGUCCGACAUCAAGCUGCCCGACAACCUCAAGACUGGUGACAUCUACACCAUCUACUGGUACUGGGACUGGCCCGACCUGAACAAGGACAGGAUUGAUAUGGAGGCCACCAAGAAUGGCAAGUUCCCUUGGGCUGGUACAUUUAUGCGCGGCGACAAGGAUCCCAAUGGCUUCACCAUGGAUGCCAUCGCCCGCAACGAGAGUUACUCGAGUGUUAUCGACAUCAAGAUUACUGGACCUGACGCCGAACCAUUCGCUGCCAAGAACCUACAAUCUCUUGAAUGGGUCGACAAUCAAAACAUUUACUCUGCCGGUAUCAAGGAUCAGAUGAAGUCCAACUUUCAGGUCGACGUUGAUGGCAGCAAAGGCGACGACACCGUUCCUUCAUCAACUGCUGUCAAGCCUACCACUACUGCACCCGUUGACGGAGGCGCUGGUAAUGAUGGCGGCGUCGCUACAGUUACCGUCACAGCGACUGUGAAGCCUUCUCCCAUUAUCAGUACUGUCUAUGUUACCAUGCCCGCUGAGUCUCUUGCUUCACCCGAACCUGAGCCUACAGAGGCAGGACCUAGCACCAAGACCAUCACAACAACAGCCUUUGUCACCCGAAGCAAGACUUCUCAUCCAUCCGAUGCUGUGCCUACACCACCAACUGCCUCGACUGUUUACGAGACUCUCUACACCACCCGGCCGAAGGAACAACCGACUGGUGGUGACCACCAGCAGCAACCUCAGCCCUCCACAGUCAUCAAGACCAUUGUGACACACAUCAAUACACCAACCUCCUCGGGAGAAGCCAACGCUCCUCAACAUACAAUGCCCGGUGGCGAGUUCCGCGAGGAUACUUCUUCCACCAGCCGUGGCGCUCCCUCUCAAACACAGAGUGACGGUCCUCCCGUUCCCACACCAUUUCUCCGCCGCCGCCAAAACUGGGUGUUUGGUAACUUUUAG